UGUAUCAGCCUGAACAUGGUCCAGGUCUUCCUCUGGUCCAGGUCUUCCUCUGGUCCAGGUCAGACCAGUGUGGUCUCUCUGGUGUCUCCUCCCUCUGAUGCUGCUGUGGAAGUGAAGAGUUCCUCUCUGAUCUCUUUAACCUCUCUGAUCUGUGUUGUUUCCUCUCCUGCAGGACAGACAAACAUCACAGCUGAACUUGGACAUGACGUCUCUCUGCCAUGUAGAGCUGGACAUGAUGGAGACAUCGAUGCUGUGGAGUGGACCAGACCUGAUCUGGAGUCAGAAUAUGUUCUUUUCUACAGAGAUGGUCAUCUUGAUCCAGACCACCAGCAUCCAUCUUUCCAGAACCGGGUGGAUCUUCAGGACAGACAGAUGAAGGAUGGAAACGUGUCUCUGAUUCUGAAGAAGGUGAUGACUAAAGAUACAGGAACAUAUGAAUGUAGAGUCUUCCAGAGAAGAACAGGCAGCAUGAUUGCAGAGUCCAAGUCCAUCAUCAUCCAUCUGGAAGUUUCUCCUCCAGGUACAACACAGGAUGGAGGAGACAAGGAUGGAGGAGACAAGGAUGGAGGACAUCAUGGACUGGUUGUGGGUCUGUUAGCUGCUGUGAUCGUUGGGAUCAUUGGGAUGGUUGUUGGUUUCUGGAUCUAUAAAAGACUCCAGAAGAAGAACUCAGCUCCAUCAAGCAGCAGCUUCACCAGCAGAGAUGAAGGAGGAAAUGAAAGUGAGGCCAACAUUUUAUGUGUGGAAGCACCAACAGAUCAGGAGAAACACCAAAACUCUUAACUGGUUUCAGCUGCGAUUUCCAGCCGAGACUGAAGAGAAAAUGGUUGAUUUAGUAAAAAGUGCAGCUUCUGGAAACAGA